AUGGGGAGCAGCUUGAUGAGUGUCCGGGGAUAUGACAGCGAUGCCCAGUGUAUUGGGAGCCCACGUUUUGCCGAUCGCAUGAAAGCGUCCCCCAGAGCUCCAGGGCUUCGCAGGACGGGAUUGCAUGAUCUGAUAGAACGCAGUCGUGAGCGAAACAACUCAGAUCUCCAGGCGGAGGCCCAAGGCUGUGAUCGAUCUGACAUCCGGGAAACUCCAGGUGGGAUAUACUCCAUCCCCGCUCCACCAGAAAGCCUCAGACUGCGUGUGGCUUCCAGGACGAACGUCGACUCAGCAGAUGGCACAGGAAGUCAGGUUUUAUUGAGAAAUGAGCGUGUGGAUGGGUAUUCCGCAUUCAUGGAAUCUCAUCCAAGUUUCAGAGCCAGCAGAGAACGACAAGUCCCACCACAUCAAGGUCUCUCGCAACAAGCUUUCAUUGGAGAUAGCAGUGAGAACCUCCAGAAUAUGACGGUUGACUGGGCCCGUUAUAUGGAAACGGAUCCCAAUGACUAUCGUACAGGAUCUUCGACGUCACUAGCCAGACAGGCUCAAGAUAUCAUGAUUCCCAAAAGACAACCGCCUACCAGCCCAUCCAAGACACACUCCGAGGCUCGAGUCCCCCAUCCUGGCGAAUUGGUCCCUCCGCACAGACUGGCCAGCAUGGCAUCCGGACCGCCUUCGACUAAUCCAUCUAUGUUAGAACUACCACCUGCGAACAGAUAUGGAUUCCAGAUGGUAUCUCAAGAGAAUCUCCAAUCAAGUGACAACUCUGGAGCUUUAACACUCGUAGACAGCGAUCCCCAAAAGCAAGAUACGCGCCACCCACGACAUGUGUCCUCGGUCUAUUCACGCCAAAGCGAUAACCCUUCCGGGGGCGUGUCUCCUGCCAUUCCGUCGCUGAGACUUCAUUCUGCAAAUGCAAUGGAUGGAUUACCCAAUAUUCAGACACAAAUGGUUGGCGGGACUGGCAUGGUCCAGAAUGGACUGGAGCCAAGCCCCGAAGUCUUCAAAAGCAGGUUUAUUGAACAGCUUGACCAAUCGCCCAAGAGCCACGGCAUGUCCAGCGGUGCCAAUGGUGUCGGGCCACAACGCAAAGUGAGUCCCGGGUGGAUGACCGGUGGUCGGCGUAUGGGCUAUGGUUAUAGCCUGGUGGACAAUGCUGAAGACCACCCACAAACAGUCGAAUGGAGCGGCAGUUCACACCAAAACGGGGGUAGGCACAGAGAUGUCACUGGGCCUGUGUCUGGUCAGUUCGCUCGGCCUGAAUUAAGCACAGCAACCAAGCACCAGAACGCCCUUGCAUCAGCAGGCAUACCUUUCACUCCUGAACAAGAGCCCAACAAGGUUCACAGCCGGCGCCCAAAUGGCGUCAAUACCGAAGAUGAAGCUGUCUUGACACCCACGAUGUGGGCCAAAUUGAAAAGCCAAUCCCUAAGAGCCAAUGCUCACGCACCGUUAGCUGUCGAUCUGGCGGGCGAACAAGUAUCCACAGGCAAAGCCCAUAAUGCAGUUCACGUGGAACACAGUGGCUCGCCCAUGUCUGCAAAUGUCGACUAUGUCGAAGACACGGACGAAGCAUUCCUGGAACCGUGGCCAAGCCCGACCCGCUCGACAAUCGAGCGAGCACAGCCAGCCCGAGGGGAUAUGCAAACCCAUGGCCGCCAUGUCUACAGCCCAAACACGUCCCCAGUUAUUGAACGUCGCUUCUCGAUAGAUCAAGCGAAUCGUCGGUUCUCUGCAUGCGUUGAUCCGCUGAACAACAAGAGUGUGCAGAAAUUGAACAAAGAGCCAUCCCGCUCUCGGAGUGGACGCUGGCUCUUGAGAUUCUCUAGAAGGGAAAGCAAGAGACGCUCAAACCUUUCUCCAAAAGAACAACCCGGGGAAUCUGCGGUGUAUCACCAGGAGGACGGGGCGUGCAGCCUUGAACGAGCGGAUUCUACCAGAAGUGAUUGGGCAGAGGAACUGGCGAGUUCAUAUCAGGAAUGUAUCCAUAUGCCGGGGGCCUUCCAUGGCAGCGGAUGGGCUAGCCGAACCAGUCUGGUGGUAGAGGCAGAGGAAUGA